AUAUUAUCAUGUGAUGUGUCGUUGGUAACAAGGGAGAACACAGACAGACAAGACAAGACGUAAGGCUGAACUAUCAGCCUCGACCUCAACUCUCCACGAUCUCAGCAAACAAAACCACCUACCGUUCUACAGAACCUACCUCCACAAACAAACACAAGCCUAACUCUCCCCCACAAUCGCAACAAUGGCAAUCGACACGGUCGUCACCGACCCCUCCCUCAAAGCCGUCCUCAUCGCCUCCCGCGAAGCCCGCCAACAAGCCAUCGACCUCCUCACCCUGACCUCCUCGCCCCUCCCCCCCUCCACCGCCGCCCUCCAGAUCUCCAAGCAACAGAAGCUGCUCAACGGCUACCUGGCCCAGCUGCGCGGUCUCCAGCGCCAAGCCACCUUCGGCGCGCGCGACACCAAGGCGCAGACGGCUGAGGCGCGCCAGGAGGUCGAUAGGCUGCACUUGCAGUUGCAGAAUCUGUAUUACGAGCAGAGGCAUUUGCAGGGCGAGAUUGCGGCUUGUGAGGCUUAUGACCACAAAUACCUCGAGCUCCCCCUGAUCCCCGAAUCCGAGUUCCUAACUCUCUUCCCGGAGCACGUUGGGAAGGAUGAGGAGGCAUUGAUGGCGGCGCGGAUUGAGCAUGAGCAUGCGGAGAGGGAGGCGCUGGAGCAGCAGAGGCAGGGGCUUUUGAAGAUGAAGCAGGGGUUGAUUGCGGAUAAUAAGAGGAGGAAGGAGGAUUUGGCGAGUCUGGAUAAGCAGUUGGAGAAUUUUAUUGAUGCGGCGAAGCCGAUUCAGAAGACGUUGGAGAAGGUUUGAGAAGGGGUUUGGUUUUUUUUGGGUGGUGGUGAAAAAGGGGGGGGGGAUGGCGGUGGGAUGGGAGAGAGGCUUUUGUGUGGGUGCGAUGGCGGGGAUGGAGGUCGUAUGGUGAUAUGAGGGCUGGAUAUGCCUCUGUGCAGCUGAGCAUGAAGAAUGAGAAGAGCAGCGCCGGACAUACAGCACAAGAGGAGAAGCACUUGAUCGCAGACCCCUACCAAAUUUCUGCAUCGGGCAAUUCACCACCAGAACGCAAUCCUCGACACAGCACACGACAUCCUCCCCACGAAAUCCAACCCCGCAGCUGAGACCAAAAGAGCUCACCCCAAGACCAACCCACCAAGCACGAAAACAAGACACCAGCUGCAUCGUCGGAGCAUAUCCUGUUGUCUCAUCCACAAGUUAUCCACAGCGCACACGUAAUCUCAGCAUCGUUACACAGUGCAGGAGGAGGUAGCACGAGGCCUCGGAAAUCGGAAAUCCCAAAUACCUAACCCGGUUCCGUGCCCGAACGAGGGGAAGAUGCGGAUUGAUAAGCUACGGCUGCAGUGGGAUUUGCGGGGUCUGUAGCAUGUUCGAGGACGGAUGUGGUGUUCGGUAGCUGGAAUAUUAUACCCCGAGGGAUCCUUCAAAUUACAAUAUCGUGACGAGUUUACGUGGAAUACAAGACUGUACCG